GGGCUUCCGUAGUGGAUGAAUCGUCAGAGUCACAUGCUGCACCAACAACAAUAACAUGACAAGGAAGUCUGGGUGAAUAUUUGAGAGUUUAUCGAAACUCUGUACGCUUUUAUGGGCCGAGAAAAUGAUAUUUUUAGCCGUCGUCGCGUUUGUGUGCUGCUGUUAUGAAGCGACAGGAGAAGAGCAGCCCAUUCAAACAUUUGUAAUUCCUCACAGUCACAUGGAUGUAGGCUGGGUGUACACUAUUCAGGAGAGUAUGCAUGCCUAUGCAGCCAAUGUGUACACAAGUGUGACAGAGGAGCUGUCAAAGGUCAAAGAUCGCAGGUUUAUCGCUGUGGAGCAGGAAUUCUUUCGCCUGUGGUGGGAUAAUGUGGCCUCAGACUCCCAUAAGAAACAAGUACGACAGCUUGUAAAAGAGGGUAGAUUUGAGUUCAUCAUCGGAGGCCAAGUGAUGCAUGACGAGGCUGUGACUGACCUGGAUGACGAGAUCUUGCAGAUGACCGAGGGACAUGGCUUCUUGUAUGAGACGUUUGGAGUGCGGCCACAGUUUUCUUGGCACGUUGAUCCAUUUGGAGCCUCUGCAACCACGCCAGUCCUGUUUGCCCUGGCCGGGUUCAACGCUCACCUCAUCUCUCGCAUUGACUAUGACCUCAAAGACAGCAUGCAGAAAAACAAGAAACUCCAGUUUGUAUGGCGAGGAUCUCCCUCAUUAAAAGCCCAGCAAGAGAUCUUCACUCACACCAUGGACCAGUUCAGCUACUGCACUCCAUCUUACCUGCCGUUCUCCAACAUUUCUGGUUUCUACUGGAAUGGAGUUGCUUUGUUCCCGAACCCCCCUAAAGACGGAGUCUACCCCAACAUGAGCCUCCCUGUCACAAAGGAGACAGUACAUCCUUACGCCAAGACCAUGGUGGAGAACAUCAAGCAGAGAGCUGCAUGGUUCAGGACUAGUCAUGUUCUCUGGCCUUGGGGUUGUGACAAACAGUUCUACAACUCAUCAGUGCAAUUCAGCAACAUGGAUCCUCUAAUGAAAUACAUCAACCAGAACAGUAAAGAGUUUGGGGUAACAGUCCAGUAUGCCACUCUGAGUGAAUAUUUCCAGUCUAUCUACCAAUCAAAUCUAACCUGGGAUAUCCGUGAAAGCGAAGAUUUUCUGCCUUAUUCAACUGAGCCCUAUCAGGCAUGGACAGGGUUUUAUGCCUCGAGAAAUGUCUUGAAAGGAUUAGCAAGACAGGCCAGUGCCCAGCUGCAUGCAGCAGAGACACUUUUCACACGGUACAGAGUCAACUUCUCAGAUGGGCCUGUAGCUAAAGACUGGGCUUUGGACAAACUCAGAGCUCUACGCUGGGCGGUCUCAGAGGUUCAGCAUCAUGAUGGCAUCACUGGUACUGAGUCUCCUAAGGUGGCUGACAUGUACAUGCAGCAUCUCAUGCAGGCCAUGAUGGGGGUGGAGGAGCUUCUGGCUGCGCUCUUUCUGUUGCCCCACAACCUUGCUGUCCCCAGUAUCCUCAACAGGAGCUUCCACAGAGAAGGUGUGGAUCAGGCUCUGGAGCAGCACGUUAUCAUUUACAACCCAUUAGCCUGGAACAUCACCACAAUCGUCAACAUCACCGUAACGCUCCCGAACGCAGCCGUCUAUGACGACGAUGGACAGCUCCUCCCCGCGCAGAUCCAGAAGUCAGCACAGUCCAACGUGUCCUACGACCUUUUUGUCAUGGUGGAGCUCGGAGGCCUUCAGUAUAGAACAUACCUGAUUAAGUUCUCAGAGACACCAUGCUUUACAAAGUCCAAGUGUGGACACACUUAUGAAGCAAAAGGGGUUUCGUUUGAGAGGCUCUAUGUGAAGAACUGGACGAAAACAGGAAGGCGGCUUCUGCCUAUUCUGAAUGAAUGUUACAAGCUCAUGUUUGACCAAGACACCAAUCUGCUGCACAGCAUCACUUACCUUCCGGAUAAAAGACGAAUAAGGAUGACACAGGAUUUCUGGGAAUAUGAUGCAAACGGAGAUGUGAAAGCAGGGCCCAUCUCUGAUAACUACAUCUUCAGCUCUAAUGGUUCAGCUGUGCGAGCCUAUAAGGCGGUGGAAAUGGAGAUUAUCCCGGGGAAGAUUGUCACUGAGAUUAGGCAGUACUUCUACAGGGAGAACAGCGAUAAAGACUACGCCUACUUGAUCACAACUCGUGUCCCAGAAGGUUUUGGAUCCAGACUGCCAUGUCACAGGCUGGAGCAGACCUACUCGUUGGGCCCCCUUCACCUAAACACAGAGGUAGUCCUCAGGACCAGAACCUCCUUGAAGAACAACAGGACCUUGUAUUCUGAUGACAACGGCUACCAAAUGAUGAAGAGGACAUACAAGAAAUUCAUUAAUAACACUCUAGCUAGGAAUUAUUUCCCCAUGGUUCGGACCGCUUACAUGGAGGAUGACCUCAGCAGACUGGUGCUCCUCAGCGACAGAGCUCAUGGUGUGUCCAGUCAAGCCAACGGAGAACUAGAGGUCAUGCUCCAUCGACGUCUUUGGAACAACUUACCGUGGAACCUCGGCUACAACCUGACUCUGAAUGACAGCUCAGUUGUGAGUCCCACACUGUGGAUGGUUCUGGGAUCCAUUAAUGCAACCUCCAAGCAGUACCAGAGGGAGGCAAUCAUGCUGCAGCAUAGACCUGUCAUCAUGCCUAUAGAUAAGCCUCGGAGGCCCUGGCAGGAGAAGGAGCCCAGAAGAAACUCUGCUGUUCGUCCAGUUGUUCUGCCAUCCAGCCUUCACCUGCUCAGCCUCAGCAUCCCGGGAUGGAACUACAGCUCUAAUCACGAUAUUCACCUCAACCACAUAAACUCAGGUAAGGACUUGCAUUCAGAGCCAGACUACGAUCGAGUUCUGUUGAGAAUAAUGCAUCUCUUUGAGGAGGGAGAGGACCCCGAGCUGUCGAAGCCAGUCACCAUAAACUUAAAGGAAGCUCUGCAGGGCAUUGGGGAAGUGGGAGUGCUUGAGGAGCGUUCUCUCACAGGAACCUGGAAUAUCAGCAGCCUGCAGAGGUGGACGUGGAAAACUGCAGAUAAUUAUGAAAAAAAUCACAAACCAAACCAGAGGAAUGAAGAUAAAGAUUUCAUCGUAACCAUCUCGGCCAAAGAGAUCAGGACCUUCUUUGUUCACUUCAGCUCCGGGAAUGUUUAGGCUGAACCGUGCCUUGUCUUCUGUGAAGAUCACUACUCUUUACACAAAAUAUGGCAUUGCUUUUAAAGAUUUAAUGAUCCUUUGCCACCUUAUUGAUUAUUGUUGGUUUUGCACAUUUAUUUGAUCUGUUAAAUGGCUCUAAUGUGUUGAUUUGAACUUGUGACUAAUGCAGAAUAAAGUGGAUUACUUUUGUCA